UUGCUCUUUCUAGUGAUACGCGAUGACGAUUCGAUAGACCUGAGGAGGAAAAAAGCAUUCGAAGUAGGAUCGAGAUAUCAUCUUAUUCACACCUUAGCUUUAUUGGCUGCUCAACGUGCGCGCUACCCUUUGGUAACGAGCGCAGUUUUUGCAAGCGGGAUCAUAAUGUUCUGUGGACCAUGUUAUCACUACAGCCUUACUGGCCAAGAAUCGACUCGGCGAUUCACUCCUAUCGGAGGAGUCCUUUUCAUACUAGGAUGGCUGACAUUUAUGCUUUGA